AUGGACAGUACGGCAUCCGAGGACCGUACAACUUGCGAGGACAGCUCGUCUUGGGAGGACAGCACGGCUUGCGAGGACAGCACGGCUUGCGAGGACAGCACAGCUUGUGAGGACAGCACACCUUGCGAGGACAGCACACCUUGCGAAGACAGCACAGCUUGCGAGGACAGCACACCUUGCGAGGACAGCACAGCUUGCGAGGACAGCACCGCUUGCAAGGACAGCACGGCCUGCAAGGACAGCACGGCUUGCGGGGACAGCACGGCUUGCGAGGACAUCACAUCUUGCGAGGACAGCACAGCUUUGCGGGGACAGCGCAGCUUGCACGGACAGCACAGCUUGCGGGGACAGCACAGCUUGCGGGGCAGCACAGCUUGCGGGGACAGCACAGCUUGUGGGGACAGCACACCUAAUGGGGACAGCACAGAUUGCGAGGACAGCUCAACUUGA